AUGGAUCGCCAUCGUCACCCAGCUGUAUUACUGCUCGGUCCUCGCCUGCCCGUAUCGUCGAAACAGCGCUACAGCUGUUGCCUCGCCUACGUUGGACAUAAUGACAAAGUGUACCCUGUGAAACGGCAGACAAUCGGAACGAGUUCACGGCAACCGAUAGAUGCCGAGUACAGAGCUGGAACAUUGCUACACUUUCCUACUCUUUCCGAUUUCCCGCCCUUAUCUGUGUUGCUGGCAAGAUUUUGUCAUCCGUUCCUAAGCGAAUUUUCGACGCUACGUUUCCGUACAACUGCGCAUCUUCAAUACAUUGAACUGUCUGUAGCGGAAGAGGCUGAGAAUGGAUCGAAGUCUUUGAUGUCAUGCAUGUCCCUUCAAACCCCUCCUCUCUCCUUAGCUAGCCUCGAUAUUGUUCCAAGUACACCAUGCAAGACCUUCAAAGAGAAAACAAACUGA